AGCUUCUGUAAGGACUGUCUUCAGGAGUGGUGGAGACAGAGCAGACUCCAGACAUGUCCGGUCUGCAAGGAAAUGUUUCCGAUGGCUCAGCCUCCACGUAAUCUGGCACUGAGAAACCUGUCUGACGCUUUGAGAAAAGAGAAGAGUCAGAGAGCUAACUCAGGAUCGAAGCAGAUCUGCAGUCUGCACAGUGAGGGACUGAAGCUCUUCUGUCAGGAUGAUCAACAGCUCAUCUGUGUGAUUUGUAGGGAUUCACAAAAACACAAGAAACACAACUGUGUCCCUAUUGAUGAAGCAGCAGAGGCCCGUAAGGCUGAACUCAAGCUUAAGAUCCUGCAUUUAAAAACCAAACUGGGAUCAUUUAAAGCACAAAAACUCAUCCAUGAUCAAAUGGCCGACUACAUCAAGCUCCAGGCUCAGCAGACUGAGAAGACGAUCACAGAGGAGUUUCAGAAGCUUUACAAGUUCCUGCGAGCAGAGGAGGCUGCAAGAAUUGAUGCAGUGAGGAAAGAGGCAGCAAUCAAGAGUGAAGCAAUGAACAUCAGGAUUAUUAAUCUGACUGCAGAGAUCUCCUUGCUCACAGACAAAAUCAAAACCAUAGAGAGGGAGCUGAAGGCUGAAGACAUCUCAUUUAUGCUGAAUGUGAAAUCCACAAUGAAGCGAUCCCAGUGCAGCCUGCCAGAUCCAGAGACUCCAUCAGGGGCCCUGAUCGACGAGGCCAAACACCUGGGCAACCUGCAGUUCACAGUCUGGAGGAAGAUGAAGGACAUAAUCCAAUACACUCCUGUAACUCUGGACCCAAACACUGGUGGCACACUAUCAAUUAUAUCAGAACAAAUGACUCGUUUGACACAGUGCAACAAGAUUCAGCCGCUUCCUAAAAAUCCAGAAAGGCAUCCAGUCUCAGACGUUCUCGGCUCUGAAAGCUUUAGCUCUGGGAAACACAGCUGGGAUGUGGAGUUGGGGGAUUUAUUUGCUGUUGGUGUGGCUGCUAAAUCCAAAAAAACACAUAAUAAAGGGUUCUGGGGCAUCAUGACACACGGGACUGACAUACUGUUAGAACAUAUUCAAGAGGAUUAUGAGAGAAUGGACUUUAGGGGUUCAUUUCCCCAAAAGGUCAGAGUGCAGCUUGAUUAUGACCAAGGAAUACUGUCAUUUUUUGACAUUGACAGGAAAAGACCUGUACACACCAUCAAAUAUACUUUCACAGAAACAGUCUUUCCGUAUUUUAGUUGGAAUGCGAAAAUCCUCCCAGCAGUACUGUCAGUGAGGAUUAAACAAUAGAUGU